AUGAGGCCGUGUGUUUGUUUAUUCCGCAAUUUCUCGCCGAAACGUCUUAUCAUUUUUGCGGUUCUCGCCACCAUCAUCUAUGUCGCAUUAUUAAGGAAUUGGGCUCUCGAGGAGCAACAAAGAUUCACAGCAUCUCUUAACGACGGCGUCAAAAUCGAAAAGCAUAUCGAAACAGCCACUAAUCGAAAUGUAGUUUUGAAAGAGAAUAUUGCCGAAGAUCCGGUUGAAUUGGAAUUGGCCCGACAGACAAUAACGUUGUUCGCAAUGGAUGAAACAUCAACACAAAGAAAAUCGAUAAAAAUAGCCGACGAGGGUGGCUCUUGUCCGCAAGUCGAAUCGAUCCCGGACCUUCAGGGCGCCCUUCCUCAGGCGGUCCUGCUCAUUCAGAAUCUGCAGGAGGGCGAAGUUCAUGCAGCUCAUCCCGAGAUCCAACCAGGUGGCUCGUGGAAGCCAAACGAUUGCAAAGCUCGCGAUAAAAUCGCCAUCAUUAUUCCGUAUCGCGAUCGGCAGACCCAUUUGACGAGGCUUAUCGAUUUUCUAAUUCCGAUUCUUCAGCGACAGCGUCUUGAUUUUCGAUUCAUAGUCACUGAGCAGUAUGGAAGCGAUCUAUUCAACAAGGGAAGGAUUAUGAAUGCGGCUUUCACAUUCGCCGAGAAGCUUGGCGUCGAUUGCGUCGUUUUUCACGAUGUUGAUAUGUUUCCACAGAACGACAAAAACCCGUACUCAUGCCCGCCAACACCUCGUCAUCUCGGCGCGUUCGUCAGCAAUCUCGGCUAUCAAUUGUGGUAUAAAGAAAUUGUGGGCGGCGUUUUGGCGGUAUCAAUGGGCGAUUAUCGCGCCAUCAACGGCUACUCGAACAAAUUUUGGGCGUGGGGUGGUGAAGACGACGAUAUGGGCCAACGAAUUUUGUCGCUAAAUUACACUAUUGAGCGGCCUGAUCCGAAGACUGGAAGAUACUCGAUGCUGAAGCAUGUGAAGCGAAAACGAACGGCGCCGAAACUGAUAUACGCCCUUCUUGGGGACAGUGCGAGUCGUGUCGCCUAUGACGGACUCAAUGAGACAAACCAAUGGACGAUUAGGAAAGUGACGACGAGACCCCUGUACUAUCAUCUGUAUGUCGAUGUUGGGCCGGCGCCGGACCAAUGGAGAAACAACGCCUAG